AAAACCCAGCCUAUUAGGAACAGUUCACUGUGCAAGGACCAGGCAACGAGUAAGUGUGGCCUCCCUGUCUUCCCCUUCCCAACACCAUGGGGAAGGACCAGUUGCCUUAUCUAGGCCUUGUCCUGUUGUUCCUCACCUCGGUCGCUGGAAUCUCUGGAGAACCUCAGUACAUGGUGUUAGUUCCCUCCCUGCUUCGUACCGACACCGCUGAGAAAAUAUGUCUGCUUCUGAGCCAUUUGAAUGAAACAGUGACUGCAAGUGUUACCUUGGAGUUCAACAGGUUUAGUGGCAGCACCCUAUUCAAUCUUCAGGUGCACGAGAAAGAGGCAUUCCUCUGUGUGCCCUUCACUAUCCCAAGAUUAUUAUCAAACUCGGAGGUAGCAUUCUUCACUGUGCAGGUGAGUGGUCCAACACACACCUUCAGCAAACGGAAGACAGUGCUGCUGAAGAACUCAGAGAGUCUGGUCUUUGUCCAAACUGACAAGCCUAUCUACAAGCCAGAACAAAAAGUUCAGUUUCGUGUUGUCUCUGUGGAUGGAAAUUUUCGCCCCCUGAAUGAGACGUUUCCACUGGUGUACAUUGAGGACCCUCAAAGGAAUAGGAUCGUGCAGUGGCAGAAUGUCAAGUUAGAGGGGGGCCUCAAGCAGCUCGCCUUCACCCUCUCAUCAGAACCCCUUCAUGGCUCCUACAAGGUGGUGGUACAGAAGCCACUAGGAGGAAAUAAAGAACAUUCCUUUAAGGUGGAUGAAUUUGUACUGCCCAAGUUUGAGGUGCAGGUCAAGGUGCCAAAUAAAAUCACAAUCUUGGAUGAAGAAUUUACAGUGUCGGUCUGUGGGCGAUACACUUACGGGGAGCCUGUUUCAGGUCUGGCAAGUGUGAGUGUAUGCAGGAAGUACUCACAGUAUGCUCCUUGCUAUGGCAAAGAAACAGAGAGCAUCUGUGAGGAAUUCAGCAAGCCGCUAGAUGGCUUAGGUUGCACCUCCCAAAAAGUAAAAACCAAGAUUUUCCAACUGAGGAAAAAUGAGUUUUUGAUGAACCUUGAUGUGAUUGCCAAGAUCACAGAGGAAGGGACAGAUGUAGAAUUGACUGGAACUGGAUCCUGUGAUAUCACGGAUGUUAUAAGUAAAGUCACGUUCGUGAAUACGGAUUCACACUACAGGCGUGGACUCCCUUUCUUUGGGCAGGUGCUCCUAGUGGAUGGGAAGGAUAAACCCAUCCCAAAUGAGGAAAUCCUUAUCUCUGUGGAACCAAGCCAUCGCCAAAGCCUAGACUUUGCCAAAAACUAUACCACUAAUGCACAAGGCCUGGCACAGUUCUCAUUUGACACCAGCAACUUCACUUCUCCCUCCAUCAAUCUUGCAGCCAGAUACAAAGAAGGGAAGCAUUGCUAUGGAUAUAUGUGGAGAUUGCCCCAGCACCAGUCAGCACACCAAACUUUACAGCAUGUUUUCUCCUCAAGUAAGAGCUACGUCUACAUUAAACCUGCAUUUGACAUCUUGACCUGUGGCCAAAGCCAGGGGAUCCUGGUGCACUACAUCCUGAAUCGACAGGCCCUAAAGGAACUGAAAGAACUCACCUUCUAUUAUCUGAUCAUGGCCAAGGGGCUUAUCACUGGAGCAGGGACCCAUGUGCUGCCUGUGGAGGAAGGAGACAUGAAAGGGACAUUUACCAUCAAUAUCCCCGUGGACUCAGGCAUCGCUCCCAUUGCUCGAGUACUCAUCUAUACCAUUUUACAGAAUGGGGAAGUUGUUGCGGAUUCUAGGAAGUUUUACAUUGAAAGUUGUUUUGCCAACAAGGUGAAUUUAAGCUUCUCAUCAGCAAAAAGCCUUCCAUCCUUGGAAACCCACCUGAGGGUAGAAGCCUCUCCUCACUCCCUGUGUGCCCUGCGUGCAGUGGAUGAGAGUGUCCUCCUCCUGCAACCUGAAGAGGAACUUACUCCUCAGUUGAUAUAUGAUCAGCUACCUGUGAAGGACCUUACUGGAUUCCCUGAUGAUCCAAAUGUGCAAUAUGACGAUAUGGGAGCAUGUAUCCCUUCAAACAAUAUCCUUAUUAAUGGAAUCACCUACUCCCCCGUAUAUAAUAGUGAAGAAGAUGAUGCGUAUAGCUUCCUAAAAGGUAUGGGUUUGAAGGUAUUUACUAAUGUACAAGUCCAGAAGCCCAAUUUAUGCGCAUACCAUCACCCACCUGCUAUGGGAUAUUCAUACUCAGGUCCUGGCGUAGCAGGUAUAGGAGGUGUGUCAAGACUGGCCUCUGGGCCAGGAUUUCACUCAGAGCCUCUAAUUCUGGCAGAAAAAGGGGUCCCUGUUGAGACUGUGAGAAUGUAUUUCCCUGAGACCUGGAUCUGGGACUUGGUACCAUCAAAUUCUGCAGGUGAGGCCGAAGUGGCAGUGAAAGUCCCUGAUACCAUCACUAAAUGGAAGGCUGGAGCAUUCUGCCUGUCGGAAAACACCGGGUUUGGCCUCUCUGCUCCAGCCUCUCUCAUCGCCUUUAAGCCUUUCUUUGUUUCUCUCACCCUACCCUAUUCUGUGGUUCGUGGAGAAGCCUUCACCCUCAAGGCCACUGUCUUCAACUACCUGCCUCACUACAUCCGGGUUAAAGUGGAGCUGAAAGACUCUUCCACAUUCUCAGCUGUUCCCAAGGAAAAAGGUGAUGUGUUUCCCUGUGUCGGUGGAAAUCAGCAACAAACAUUCUCAUGGUCUGUGACUCCGAAAUCAUUAG